CGUAAGUACGUGCUUCAGCCUGCCUGAAAAUGUUCUCCAGUGUUGUUGGCUUUCGAAGGAGCGCAGGACUUUUUCAUGAAAUAAUACCUUUUUACUGGCCAGGGACGACGAAACCAAGCGCAUGAUUUUGGACUGUAGUAGCUUGCGCUCCUGAUAAGGGCUGAAACGGUGUUUUUGGGAGACUACAGCGGGAAGUUUGUGUGCUUUUCUCCCGGAGUGAUGUCGAAUCCUGGGACUAGAAGAAACGGCUCCAGCAUCAAAAUCCGGCUGACAGUAUUAUGUGCCAAGAAUCUCGCAAAGAAAGACUUCUUUCGUCUGCCAGAUCCAUUUGCCAAAGUGGUGGUAGACGGAUCAGGUCAGUGUCACUCGACAGACACAGUCAAGAGCACAUUGGAUCCCAAAUGGAAUCAGCACUAUGACCUUUAUAUCGGGAAGACGGACUCCAUCACCAUUAGUAUAUGGAAUCACAAAAAGAUCCAUAAACGACAGGGGGCCGGCUUCUUGGGCUGCAUACGUCUUCUUUCCAAUGCCAUCAGCAGGCUAAAAGACACAGGAUACCAGCGUUUAGAUCUAUGUAAACUGAAUCCCUCAGACAGUGAUGCAGUGCGGGGGCAGAUUGUUGUGAGCUUACAGACGAGGGACCGCAUCGGCAGCGGAGGCCCCGUGGUCGACUGCAGAGGACUGUUGGAAAAUGAUGGGCCUGUGUUACAGGGAUGUUUCAGUGAAGAGCCGCUGCCUUACUCUGACCCCACUGGCGCUGCAGGUGGCGGUAAUUGUCGACUGGACUCCCCCAGUCAGGAGGGCCGUCUUCAGAGCCAGCGAAUCAGAGGGCAGGACACUAGAGGUCAUGGCCACACCCCUCAAAACAGACCUCAUGGGAACCAGCAGCCAGAUCUCCCUGAGGGAUACGAACAACGAACGACGGUCCAGGGCCAGGUGUACUUCCUUCAUACGCAGACGGGCGUCAGUACCUGGCAUGACCCCCGGAUACCACGGGAUUUGGCCAGUGUGAGCUGCGAGGAGCUCGGACCUCUGCCCGUGGGCUGGGAGGUCAGGAGCACCGUGUCGGGUCGCAUCUACUUUGUGGACCACAACAACAGAACAACACAAUUCACAGACCCACGUCUACACACCAUCAUUAGCCAGCAAUCUCAAGUAAAAGAAUCCUCCCAAACCCCCCAGAUGGACGUGGGGGGUGAGGAUGGGGGAGGUGGUGGAGUGGGUGGCAGCAGCGGUGGCGGAGAUGGUGACAUGGCGGCACGUUACGAGAGAGACCUGGUGCAUAAGCUGAAGCUGCUUCGGCACGAGCUCUCCCUGCAGCAGCCUCAGGCGGGACACUGUCGCAUCGAGGUGUCACGAGAGGAGAUCUUUGAGGAGUCCUACCGGCAAAUAAUGAAGAUGAGACCCAAAGACUUGAAGAAGAGGCUGAUGGUGAAGUUCAGGGGGGAAGAGGGCCUGGACUACGGCGGGGUGGCCAGGGAGUGGCUGUACCUGCUGUGCCACGAAAUGUUGAAUCCUUAUUAUGGCCUGUUUCAGUACUCCACAGACAAUAUCUACACACUACAGAUCAACCCUGACUCCUCCAUCAACCCUGACCAUCUGUCAUAUUUCCAUUUUGUGGGUCGUGUCAUGGGCCUGGCAGUUUUUCACGGUCACUACAUCAACGGCAGCUUCACGUUGCCCUUUUACAAACAGCUGCUGGGCAAACCAAUCCAGCUGAACGACCUGGAGACCACUGACCCCGAGUUGCACAAGAGCCUCGUCUGGAUAUUAGAGAACGACAUCACCUCAGUUCUCGACCAUACGUUCUGCGUGGAGCACAAUGCCUUUGGGAAGUUCUCCCAACACGAACUCAAACCUAACGGGCGUAAUAUCCCUGUUACUGAAGAGAACAAGAAGGAAUAUGUGAGACUUUAUGUGAACUGGAGAUUCAUGCGAGGGAUUGAAGCCCAGUUUCUGGCUCUGCAGAAGGGAUUCAGUGAACUUAUCCCUCAGCACCUCCUCAAACCCUUUGACCAUAAAGAACUUGAGCUGAUCAUCGGUGGACUCGGGAAGAUUGAUCUGGCGGACUGGAAAACAAACACACGACUAAAACACUGCACAAGCGAAAGCAACGUGGUGCGGUGGUUCUGGCAGGCGGUGGAGGCUUUCAGUGAGGAGAGGAGAGGGCGCCUCCUCCAGUUCGUCACAGGCUCCACCAGAGUCCCACUACAGGGGUUCAAAGCACUGCAGGGCUCUACAGGUUCUGCAGGACCAAGGCUCUUCACCAUACACCUGAUAGACGCCAACACAGAUAAUCUGCCCAAGGCUCACACGUGUUUCAACAGAAUAGACAUCCCGCCGUACGAGUCUUACGAGAAGCUCUACGAGAAACUGCUGACGGCCGUGGAGGAGACCUGCGGCUUCGCUGUGGAGUGAUGAACCCACGACCGGGACGGCAGACGGAACACAUGCACACGACUAUUUGACAUUUUAAUAUAUGAACACACGUAAACAAAAUAUCACGUAUACAGAGAGUAUACAGAGCAGCCAAGCAUUACAAAGAACACAGACUCUCACACACACCGUCUCUUGCCACCUCUGCACCACCCAGCUGCUGGGGGGGGUUAAACGAGGAAGCACAGCAGGAGGGGGCGGGGCAUUUUAAAAAACUUUUUCAAAUGUUUUGAAGAAGCAUUUUUAUCCUUCAGUUUUAAACAAGCUACGAUGUCAUUCUUCAGAACAUCUGACCCGCAACAUCGAGUUCAACUCCGGUCGCACUUGACUCUCCGGACAGAAUCAAAAAAAAAAAACCCUACAUGAGCCUGGGAACAAGAGGCGUUGAAUCUCGAUGUGUGACGAUCACGCAGAGGAGCAGUUCUCUUUCUGACAAGCAGAAUGAUUGACUUGUGUUCAUGCUUCAUGUUUAACCACUGUGGUGUGUGUGUGUGUGAAUGGAUGGGUGUGCGUGUGUGUGGCCUUUUGUCAUUGUGAAGACGAAAUUGUGGAUCAAAACUUAACACAAGAACAUUUUGCCCUGUCCUUAGUGACAAGCACCUUUUAAAUGAAUCAUUUAAUCGGAGCUAUUUUAAGAUUAAAAUAAAGACUAAUCUAGGGUUGGUCACAGACAGAACCUUCCCUCGGCACGUGAUUGGCAGAAGGCAGCUGCUAAAGAAGAAAUAUUCAGCCAGUGAAAAGGUCACUCACUGUGUCCUUAUUUACCAAAAAUGCGAUGGCCCUCCGACCAAUUAGAGACCAGUACUCGGAGGCUACUGUGGAAACUCUAACAGCAAUAAGAUACAGCACUCAAACCGGAACUACUUUCCAAAAAACCAACAAUACUGGCUGUGCUAUAGUUAAAAAAAAAAAGUUUUGCACCGAGGCUGUGUUACUGUGAUGAAACAUUUGUCUCCUCCUGAUGAAACUUCCCUUUAGGCUUAAGGGCUGGGGAAUGUGUGAGUGUCCUCACAACAAUGGAACGGUGUGCGCUCUUCUGGAUGUGAGUGUGUGAGUGUCGGGCACGGUGCACAGUUACGCUGUUAAAAAAAAACAAUGAUCAAAUGAGCCUGCUCCUCUUGUUUGGUUACUUUUUUUUUGUCUCUUCAGUUUGUACCUGCGACCACUCUGAUCCAUUCUUAUUUUAUUAUUUAUUACUAAGUGAUAACAGACCAAGCUGCUACAGGCUCCACCCAGAGCUGACACUAAUAACUUCAUCAGCCCCCUCUUACCCGACUUGAAGGGUCAGUUCACUUGGAAGUCAAGUAAUCCACAAAGUGGGUUUUAAUCGAAUUAUGUUACAAUUUUUUUUAACAUUCAUGUUUUUUCGGUGUAAUAUGUUGUCAAUGUAUGAAAACUGUAGGUUUGUUUGUGUUUUUAAUACCGCGUUACAGUAACAGAAGUGAGGGGACAUUGAUUUUACCAAACCCUAAUUUUUUUUAUUUUAUUUUUUAUAAAUCUAACAUUACUGACGUUAUUUUAAGGACGACUGACGAUACAACCAGGAUGGAAAGGAAACGUCUGCUUCAGGAGUUCUUUGGGUUUUUUUAUUUAAAGAUUUGUAAUAAACUCUCAUAAGCCUUUUUAUACACAAUUAAUCAUCCAUUUUACCAUCCUUUGGUUCUCUGUGCCCCUCGUUUUUUUAUUUUUUUUUCCAUUGCUCCAUAGACUAAUCUUUAACCCUCCAUCCUCCUCCUCACGACCACCCUGAAUGAACAAAGUCUCUUAAGUCAGUAAUUCCCUACAAAAGUGAAUAAAAUACAAACUACAUUUUAAAGUAAGUGAUAUGGAAAAACCUUGAGAUUGGUUGUAGAUCGAAAGCUGUUCAGCAGUAUUUCAAUCUGCCUUUUUUAGGUUCUGAGUUCAUUGUGUAAUGGAUGCAAGAGUAUUGUAUCUUACUAUGUAGUAAACAUUUAUGGAAAAAUACAGUGUAAAUAAGAUUAUAUUAAAGAAAACUACGUUGAAAAUA